UUUUGAGUUUUGAUGAAAUUUUGGCCAAUGACCCAGAGACUUUGAAGCUGUGGACCAUUUUAAAGACACCAGGAGUACUAGAAAUAUUGAUGUUUUCUGGAAACUCGCCAAAGUUUUCUCAGCUGCUGAUGACGGACAAUGUGACUGCAAUACUUAUAACUGUAUGUGAUCCAGCCACCAACUUGACUUCCUUCAUCACGGUGCCCAGCGGUGUACAGAUUGACCUCAGUCAGCUCCAGACUGAUUUCUGCCAAGUCAAGUUUGACAAGCUGGAAGAGGAGUUCAUGGAGGAAAUCAUGGCAGUUAUCAAUAAGUAUAUGGAUAACAGCACAGAGAUGGACUGGUCAACUCUCAAUUCCCAGUACAUGCGUUUGGCCAGCUGGGUAGAGUAUUGGUCAGUCAACACUCCAAUACUGGAUCUACCGUCACUGGCCAAUCUGCAGACAACACUAGAACAACAGUACAGCCAGGAGCUGAUGGAUUGGGCUUGGGCUAGCAUGUUUGGUCAGACAUUGGGUCCCAUCACAGAUCCUGAUUUGGAAAAAGCUAUCGCCACGGUGAACUUGAUUGUGAAGGUGGUGAACCACAGACUGGACCACCUCACCGAUACUGUUAGUUUGAAAACACUUCUCAAGAAUGAAACUGACUUAGAGGAAGUCUUACAAGCUUAUCUGAACAUAAUGCAGUACAGCACCAAUCUCCUGUCCCCAGAUAGCGACAUCAAUGUGGAACGGCUAUUACAGCUGAUAGAGAACGGAAGUGUAUUGAUGUCUAUGUGUCAGAGUUCCUCACUGGCCACUUAUCUCUCAAAGACUGGACAGGCCACAAACUUGACCAACAACAUACAGAUUGCCAUGUGUGUGAACCCUGAGGUUUUCAUGCAGAACAUCCAGUCGCAGGCCGAGGCUGAUUACAUAGAAGCAGAGUUAAUGAGGAUUUGGAACAGCUCGGAACCUCUGAAUAUGAACUGGAAUGAUCUGAAUAGUAACAUAGAAAACAUGACCAGACUACUGACGGCACUCUUACAACAAGAACCUAUGGUAGACACAGGUCUAUUGAGCCUCUUUGGAAACUUCAGUAUGAUGCUGCAGUCUAUUGAAUAUGUUCUACAAGACCCCAUGAAAUUGAUCGAGAUGUCAUCAAGUGUGAAUCCUCUAAUGUCCACAACAGUAGAUUCAGAGCUAGGCCCAUUCUUAGAUGUGUGGCGACACAUUUACUCAAAUAUGCAUCAAAUGAUUUCAUCUGUACAAGAUGGAAAACCAGUAAACAGCAGUUUGGUCCAAAACCUUUUUAAUGCUGUGUCGUCGCUGGAUUUGCAGAGUCUUACAGGGGAUUCUAACUACGAGCUAUUGUUGGAGGAGGUUGGACAGCAUACAGAUGUUCUGGCGUUUGUGUGUGAUGAGUCCGCCAUUAGUGGCCACUUACCUGGUGAGGCCACAGCUAUUAGGGGAGCAUUGUGUGGCUACCCAGCGAACAUGUGGCAGGACAGACUCCAUGUGGUGUUUGGAAUGAACAGUACCAUGCUGGCUCAAUUGGUUGAAGUGCUUAAGACGGUUUUCCCACAACACUUUAUGAAGACUCCUACCAUGACAUGGGGCGAGUUCUUUGAUCAGAUACAAAAUCUGACAGAAGCAACUGUAUCUUUGAAUGCUAAUCACACAGAGGUAUUGAUGCAGGCCAUUCUCGGGGCCCUGGGAGAAAUGACCCAAUCUGACCAGACAGUCAGCAGUUCCUUGGAAUGGCUAAAGACGUUCACCGAUGGUACCUCAGGUGGAGCCCAAGGAAUCCUCACCUUCCUCACAGAGAUCAACAAAUACCUCGAUAGACAGCUACAACUCCUAAAGGAUGAUGGCAGUAACGUACCUCUGUCUGUCCUCUUGCCCAACAGUACUCUACUGGCAGACCUACUGGAACAGUUAAAUCACGAAACAGCAGCUGGGCUUCUAGCAGCAUACAUUAACCCUAAUGAGUUUUUGGAGUUGGUACUUACUGACCGAUGGACAGAAGUAGUGUGUAAUGUGAGCCUGUUCCAGUCGACAUUUAUGUUCCCUAAUGGAACAAACACCCAGAGGAUCCAGCAGGACCUGUGUGCUGAUGCUCAGAGUCAGGAAUCUGUCAUCAAUGACAUUCUACAGAGGCUAAACAUGAUGGAGGUUUUGACUGCCUUUGAUGACUGGAUCAUGGGAAGAGCACCUGCUGUCUCCAUGAAUGAUACCUAUGUGUGGGGAGCUAUACAACAACACACACAGAUGCUUUUAAAUAACAUAGAGAAGAUAACUAAUCUCACCUUCUCUACCAAUGGUCUGGAACAAUGGUUGGUGCCCAUCAUGAAAGCCGUUGAAGCCAUGAGCACACCAAAUCCAGAAAGUCUUGGCCAGACAUGUGAGAUGAUGUUAUCCUAUAUUGACAACACCGACCUCUACACCUCCUCCAUACAACCUGUACUUCUAGGCAUCCUCAGCAACAUGGCCAUCUCCACUAAACAAAUGGCUAUACAGUCCAUUAUAGAGGAUUCCCUCUGUGACCUGGCCAACUGGAACGUAUCGGCCCUGACAAGGAGGAUACAAGAAACGAACCUUACCCAACUCAUCAUCAGUCUUGGCUCCCCAGUCAUGGACGUAUCGGGGACGUUCCAGUGCUCAGCGAUGGUGGCAGCAUCCAACGACAUAGCUAGGAUGUGGAAUGAAAGUGUGUCGCGUAUGGCCGCCAGUAAUACUUCAUUUGAAUGUCUAAUAGGCAGUCUCCAGGCCCCCUUUAAACUGUUCUCCGAUGCCUCACAAACGUUUGUGUUGGUGUCUGACCUGUUUGGUUUACUGACUGACCCAGCUAUCCUUUCUCUGGAUGAUACCGGGAACAUUCUGCCAUUGAUGCAAUAUAUGUACAAUGUGUUUAUACAGCAACAGAAUGUUUCUGUGACACUUGUUGAUAUUCUGACCAGUGAGGCAAGCUUUGAGGAGUACUUACAAAAUGUGCUACAGAUAUCACCACAAGUGAUGGCUCAGCUACUCAACUCCACCCUCAGUGCUGAUGGGCUGGCACUGCUGAAUCAGUCUGCAGCAGACAUAGCUAAGACUCUGUGUGACCCAGAUGAACUGUCACAGGUCUUGACCUUGCCCCAGUUUGCUAACAUCACUGUGGAGGAAUUAAGUAAUCUCCUGUGUGGGCCUGACGUUACGUCUACAGCGGAGGUGUUCAAGUCCCUGAUGGACAUCUCCACCAUCUCUUUACUGCUAUCAGAAGGCAUCUCCGACCUGAGCCAGUGGUCCGUUCUCUCAGCACACAUUACAGAUGUGCUCAACAAUAUCCAACAGCUGACAACCCUGCCCUCUAUUGACAUCGACCUAAAUAACCUCAACACUCUCCUGCCCUACCUGCAGAGAUUUAUUUACGACUAUGGACCAGAGGCAUUAGCUGACAGUUUGAAUGUCCUGAUUGAGGAUUUUAAGUCUCUAUCCAAUGAUACAAUGACUGUCCAGUUGAUGGCUGAUGUACAGCAUGUUGUAAAAGGAUUGACCUCUCUCAAGGUCAUCAGAAACUUUAUUCCACUCAACGUUGUCCUACAGGAUGUGCUAAAACACCCCAACAGCUUCAGAAGCUACAUGAUAGCUGACCUUGGACUGAGCCCAGAGGUCACUGAGGCUUUGUUGACAGGGGCCAUUGACUACACUGUGCUGUUACAGUAUAAAUACACAGAACUAGAAGAACAAGUCUGUGACCCCUCGCUCCUGUCAGGUAUACUCAAUCUGACUACAUCUAGUGUCAAGAUGUCUCAAAUCAGCACUGCUCUGUGUAACCUCAACGAUGCUCAAAUCGUCAAUCUAACUGAAAGUCUGCUGCAGAAUCUUGACAUUGGGGAUCUCGUUGAGCAGUACCUGAUAUCUGGCGUAGGUGGGCUACUUAAUGCGAUCAAUGUGACAUCAGCAGAGGUCGCCGAUUCACUAACGAAGCUUAGUGCCGCAGAAGAAGAUCUGACAGCAGCUGCAGCUAUUUACAAAAAUGGAUCAAAGGAUCUCAAUCUCAACAUUUUCUCUUCUCCAGAGGCCCUCACAGGGAGCUCUCUGCCAUCACUAUCUGGUGUUUUGUGUGGUGAUAGUUCUGGGAGUCUGUCCUUAAGUGACUCUAUUGGAAUCUCUGGCAAAGUAGGGUCCUCACAAGAUCUAUCUGACGAUCAGCAGAAGGAAAAGAAACAACUCUCAGUUGCCACAGGCCAAUCAGAUAGUGAGGGAUUCUGCCAAGAAAUGUAUGUGCAAAUUGCAACCUCAAAAUACGGGCCAGUUAUUUGGACGUACCUGAAACCAUUAAUGCGUGGUAAAAUCCUGUACAGUCCCAAUACCCCAACAACUCAGCAACUCGCUCAAAUGAUGUACAACUCAUCGUUUGGAGUGUUGGACGAUGUUCAGUACUAUGGUCGCCUUUGGGCAAAAGGUCUGACGGACUUAAACCAGCUCAAGUCUGAUCCAAAUCUGAUGACCAACAUUAAUAGUAUGGCAUCCAACAGCUUGGUUAAGGGUAUGCUGCAGUCGGUGACUGGCAUGUCUGCAGACGACUUGGUAUCAGGACUGGGCUUGCUGGACAACUUUGACCAGGAUGACUUGACCAGUAUGGAAUACUUAUCUCACUUACUGAUAAACUACACCUCCUGUCUGGAGAUGAACAGAUUCCAGGGCUAUGACACAGAGUCUGAUGUUAUGAGAGCAGCUUAUGAUUAUGGUGCCACCAAUAACUUACUCGCAGUGGUUGCGUUUGAUAAUCUAGAAGAUAACAGCAGGAAAAAGAGAGCAACAACAUACCAGCUGCCAAAACAUGUAUCAUACAAACUACGUAUGGAUAUUGAGAAUGUGAGGAACACUGUGAGGCUAAAGGAACGGAUGUGGAGGCCAUAUCCAGAAGACAACAUGGUGUUUGACAUGAGGUACACACGAGGGUUCAUACAGCUGCAGGACAUGGUGGACUCAGCCAUCAUACGCAUGCAGACUGGACAGUCUCCCAAUGACCCAGUUGUCCAUGUCAAACAGUUUCCAGCUCCAUGUCAUGUAAACGACACCUACAUGAACACGCUGAGUAUGUAUUUAUUGCCCAUUAUGAUGACUUUGGCGUGGGUCGCAGCUCUGGCUGUCUCAACCAAGAAUCUUGUUUACGACCGACAGUAUGGCCAAGAGGAGGCCCUGAAGGUGAUGGGACUGUACGGCUAUCUAAACUGGUGGAUGUGGUUCCUCAGUUCCAUCGUGAUUAUGUCGCUGACCGCUGUGAUCUGUAUUGUGGUACUGAAGGCGGGCAGCCUGUACAUCUACUCUAGCUUCGGCAUCCUCUUCCUGUACUUCUUGAUCUUCUGUUUCUCCAGCCUCAUGUUAUGUUAUAUGGUGAGUGCGUUGUUUACACAAGCCACACUGGCUGUGCUGACCGUCCUGAUGGUGUACUGUGCGUCCUAUAUCCCCUAUAUAGUGCUCAUCUCUAUGGAGGUACAGAUGAAAUUCUGGCAGAAGAUCCUGGCUUGUUUGUCUUCCACGACUUCCUUUGGGUUCGCGGCUCAGUACAUAGCUCGUUACGAGAUACAGUUGGUAGGCAUGCACUGGGACUUGAUCUAUACCAGUCCCAUGCCUGGAGAUGAUAUGUCCUUUGCCUGGUGCUGUCUCAUGAUGCUCAUUGAUGGUGUGGUCUACCUCAUCAUUGGCUGGUACCUGAGAACCAUCAGACCAGGAAAGCAUGGUGUAUCUCAGCCUUGGUAUUUCCCUGUGUCUCCAGGCUACUGGGGCUGUAGGUCAAGCUCACCCAGCUCCAAGUACAUAGCUCAACAUCAAGAAGGACUUGUACAGACGAUGCCCUCUAGCAUGACUGUGGGAAUGUCGGUUCAGGGCCUUUCUAAGAACUACGGUAAAACAAAGGCAGUGAAGGACUUGACAGCAGAUUUCUACGAGGGCCAAAUCACUGUUCUUUUGGGACAUAAUGGAGCAGCUAAGACUACUACCAUAAAAAUGAUGACUGGUGUAUUGGAGCCGACCCAUGGUGAAAUCUACAUGUAUGGACAGCCCAUCAAUAAAUGUGAUAAGAAAAUUGGAAUAUGUUCCCAGCAUAACACCUUAUUCCACUAUAUGACAGUAGAGGAACACAUGAAGUUUUACGGCAGUGUGAAGUCCAGUAUGUCAUCAAAGGACCUGAAGUAUGAGAGAGAACAGUUGCUCCGACAGGUUGACAUGUGGCAUGUACGCAAUGUUCGCGUAUCAGAGCUGUCUGGUGGCAUGCAGCGUCGACUUUGUGUGGCAUUGGCCUUUGUGGGAGGCUCUGAGGUUGUGAUUUUGGAUGAACCGACCAGUGGCGUGGAUCCUAAUGGCCGACACUCUAUCUGGAAUCUCAUCUUACACAGGAAGAGUGGUUGUACUAUACUGUUGUCCACUCACCACCUGGAUGAGGCAGACAUGAUCGGAGACAGAAUAGCUGUCAUGGACAACGGACGGCUCAUGUGUGUUGGCUCACCGCUCUUCCUCAAACAACAACUUGGAAGUGGAUAUCACCUGAAACUCACUAAACUUGACGAGUGUAACUGGGUCCAUGUGCUAGACUGCGUGAGAACCUACAUUCCUGAGGCAGCUGUUGUUGAGGACAUUGGAUCAGAAAUGACCAUCAAGCUGCCGAUGACCGCCGGCAACAUGGAAAGACUUUAUAGUUGUCUACAUAACCUUGACCAGCACAAGGACAGCCUCCAUGUCGGUAGCUACGGCAUCUUCGACACCACACUGGAAGAGGUAUUUUUGAAAAUCUGUGCUGUGGCGGAGAAAAACAUCCCUUUAACAGGCGAAGUUGUGCAGAAAGCUAGUGAGAUAGAGCUCAGUAACAGUCAGUUAGGAAUCUCUACGGACAGGGACUGGCAGACAGCCCCAGAGAAACGGUCCAAGUCUGCUGUCAAAAAGUCCCGCAUCAGAGUGUCGACAGGCAGUCAGAAGGUCCAGCAGAUCGGGGCCCUGUUUACCAAGCGUUUCCAUCACUACCGUCGUAACUGGAGGAUGUUCCUGUCAGUCAUACUGUUUCCUGUGUUGUUUGUGGCAGCAGCCCUCGGCAUGUCGCUCAUUAAACCCAAUGAGAUAGAAUCACCUUCCCUGCUACUGACACCUGCCCUGUAUGGUCCUAACAGCUACUCCUUCUACAGUGAUUCUGCCCAGACUGUACAGAGUCGGAGGAUAUCUGGUCACCUAUGGUCACAGCCUGGUAUGAGUACUACUUGUAUGGCAGGCAUGAACUUUGGAUCACAGUUUGUUUGCGAGAAAGGAGAGACCAUGUUCAGUGGCAGUUUGAGCAGCCAGACAGCGUACGACGCAGCACAGUGCACCUGUUCUGACUACAGUUACACCUGUAACAGCCACGCCCACUCCAUCAGCGUACCACAGGUAGUCACCAACACUACCGACAUUAUCCAGAAUAUAGGUGCUCAUGAUGUCACUGAUUACCUCCUCAAAACCUACGAGACUUACAAGGAGAACAGAUUUGGUGGGUUUUCAUUUGAUGCUGCCUCUGAUGGUACAACUAACAUGAAAGCCACGGUCUGGUUCAACAAUAAGGGCCACCAUGCACUACCAGGAUAUAUAAAUGCAUUGAGUAACUCCAUCCUGAGGUCCAAGAUCACACAAGGUGACCCUGCCGAGUAUGGCAUCACAACUUACAAUCAUCCUAUCCUACUUAGCAAGCAGCAACUCGACCAAGACAGCCUUCUCCAGAAUGCAGCUGACAUCGGGGUUGCCAUGGUGUUCCUGCUGGCAUUCACGGCCAUUCCUGUUGGGUUUGUGACUUACGUGGUCAAUGAAUACACUAACAAGGAAAAGCAGCUCCAGAAUGUCAGCGGUGUCGGCAACUUCCUGUACUGGAUUACCUCCCUUCUCUGGGAUCUGGUGGUUUUCUCUUUCACUGUUGGACUUGUGAUAAUUGUGAUGGCCAUCUUCAGACAGAAUUCCUACUGGGCUAGAGAGAAUCUGGCUGGGGUAGUUGUCCUGUUAGUUAUGUAUGGAUGGGCUACCAUACCCUGGAUGUACUGCACCGUGAAGCUUUACAAGGACUCCACGUCAGCUUACAUGGUCCUCUUUUGUCUCAACGUCUUCAUCGGCAUUUUACUUGUCUCGUUUGUCUUCAUCCUCAACUUCUUCUCUUCACAGGAGGGUAUAAAGAAUGUGUACGAUGUUGUGCGACACGUGUUCCUGAUCUUCCCACCGUACACCCUGUGUGAUGGGCUGAUACAACUCACUACUAACCAAAUUCAGACGGAAAUCCUGGCCCGUUUCGGACAGGACACCUAUGUCAGCCCGUUCUCCUAUGACCUGUUGGCAUAUAAUUAUAUAGCACUAGCUGGCACAGGAUUUUUCUUCUUUGUCAUUUUGUUCUUCACAGAAAUAAGAUGUCCAUCUCGUGCAAGAGUAAAGAAUAGUAUAGAUGAUGAAGUUGAGGAAAGUAAUGAGGUGAGGAUUGAGAAACAGCGUGUCCUGUCCCAUCAGGCUCGGGAUGACACCCUCGUGGUCAGCAGCUUGUCUAAGGCCUAUAAGAGAGGAAGGAAGAGUUUCUUGGCAGUCAACCAUCUGUCAUUUGGUGUACCAAAGGGAGAGUGUUUCGGACUGCUUGGGGCCAACGGUGCAGGAAAGACAACAACCUUCAGGAUGCUGACAGGGGACAUUCUCCCAAGUGAGGGCUCCGCCACUAUCAAUCACAAGAGAGUUACUCGAGCUAACCAAGCCAUUGGACAAGAGGCAGGCUACUGUCCCCAGGAGGAGGCUCUGGACGGGUACCUGACGGGACGGGAGCUUCUCCACUGCCAUGCUAAGCUGAGAGGCAUGCCUGCCGAGUGCAGGGAUUCUGUUGUGGAGGACCUAGUGACCAGGCUGGGGCUGGACUUUGUUGACCGCACCGUCCACACCUACAGUGGAGGUAUGAAGCGGAAGCUGUCCAUUGCCAUAGCACUACUCGGUGAACCUGAUGUUGUUUUCCUGGACGAGCCUACCACAGGUAUGGAUCCUGUAGCCAAGCGACUAGUGUGGAAUUGUCUGAUGACAUGUGUGAAGAAUGAGCAGGCCGUCAUCCUCACAUCACAUAGUAUGGAGGAGUGUGAUGCCCUGUGUACCCGGCUUGCCAUCAUGGUCAACGGAGAGUUCCGAUGUCUGGGUUCUCCGCAGAACCUCAAGAACAAAUACGGAGAUGGAUACACAGUUAAGCUGUUCACUAAUGGACUGUCCACUAAUAGAUUGGCCCUGUCAGCGUUUACUCAAUCCUCAUUUCCAGGCUCCAUCAUCAGAGACCAGCACCAUGGCAUCCUCCAGCUUGACAUUCCACGUACUAACCUGUCAGUGGCCAAUAUCCUGGAGCGACUAGAAGCAGCAAAGGAUACGUACAGCAUAACUCACUACUCUGUAUCACAGACGACCCUCGACAAUGUGUUCAUGGGCUUCGCGAGAGAGCAGAAUGACGGUCUGUCCCCCGAGUUUACUGACUGUUAUUCUGGAAGUAGUGAUAGCGACAGUGUUGUCACCACAGAGCCCUUCGUCAGUCCAGGCUUUAACAAUUUCGCCUACUCCAACUCUGGAUUUGACGGCAGUAAGUCUGAUGUCCUGCAACUUCCACGUGAACCUGCUGGAAAGUUCUUACCACAAGUUACCAUCUACCCAGAUUUGUCAACUAAACUGUAGUUCUUAUCUUACAGCAGUCCAAUGGCAAUACAAUACAAAUAGGUUGCAAGAACUGUUUUUAUUUUGUUGAUUGAACUUUAUGUACAAAAGCAAUGUGAUGCUGCUAAAAUACCACAAUUUAGUAUCCUUGUAUGAAAGUAAAACCAUUUAUAUUAGUGCAGUAAGUGAAUGCAGUGCUUAUUCAAAUAAUGUAGAUUUUCCUGUAAGAGAUAUAUACAAGACAACAUUGCUGGCUGUAUGUCAGACUUAAUAUUCUUGUGUCUUUCUGAGACGAUGGCUACCUACAUGUGGGAUAUUAAUUCUUUGUUUUCGUACCUAUGUCUACCCGGCACAACAUCAGCAUUGGUCAGACCAUGGCUGUUUGUCAGUCUGUAUCAACACUUCGGUACAUGAAAUACCUUUAUAUUUAUACUUACCUGUAUUGUAUUUUGGUGAUGGUAGGGAAAGCCAUCAACUAAACAUUCCUUUACUUUCUUACCUGGUAGUGGAAGUAUGCUUCCUUUUAUAUACACUUUAUUUCAAGAUUUUAAAUAUAUAUUUUUUUAAAUAGAUUAAGUUUUUAUUUACAUAUCAUUAAAAUGUACAAUAUGUGUGAUGUGUUUGUGAGGUGCUAGGAAUGUGUGUGUCUUGCUGACCUAACAAUGCUUUACACUUCCAGCUUUGAAUGCAUAUUUAAAUCAAACAAAUGAUAGUUUUGCCCAUGAGAGGCUUCAGGUUUUGCUAGCCGUGUUUAAAUUAGGAAAACUUCAGUACAAAUGUCUGUGAUAUCAUGUGUUCAGUUCACUGACAUAUGGAAUGCUCCAUUUGAGAUUCUAGCUGAGUGAUGCUCUAGAGAUUUUAUGCAAGUGUUUUUUUAAAGGGUAAAACAAUAGCUUUAAUUGAUGCUUAUGUUGUAUAGCUACCUACAUCUAAUACAGAUGACCUUAGGGUAUUUUACCAGAGAUAAUUAACACUCAACAUGAUUCAGAAUCUAAUGGAUAUUUUACCAGAGUUAAUUAACACUCAACAUGAUUCAGAAUCUAAUGGAUAAUUAACACUCAACAUGUUUCAGAGUCUAAUGGAUAUUUUACCAGAGAUAAUUAACACUCAACAUGAUUCAGAAUCUAAUGGAUAUUUUACCAGAGUUAAUUAACACUCAACAUGUUUCAGAAUCUAAUGGAUAUUUUAACUCUAACUCUCAACAUGUUUCAGAAUCUAAUGGAUAUUUUACCAGAGUUAAUUAGCACUCAACAUGAUUCAGAAUCUAAUGGAUAUUUUACCAGAGAUAAAUAACACUCAACAUGUUUCGGAAUCUAAUGGAUAUUUUACGCAGCCUCAACUCUAUUUUCGGUAAGCCAGGCUGAAUAAUUCAGCACUUGUUUUUCCUGUUUGGUGCUUUUUUGACUCGCUGAUUGUUUUAGGUGUUUCUUGCUCUAAUUUUUAUUUUAUUUUUCUAAAAAAAUAUGUUACCCUAAAACAUGAUCCCCCCAUGGCUGGUUUUAAUACUAAUUCAGGCACAUUUUACUGGAGAAAACCAUCAUAUAUACCAAUACAGUAAAUGCAACAAUUACGCCUGUCAGACCCUGUAAUCAGACAACAGAAACAGCAGAAGUGAGCACAAACUUAGCGGAGAAGAAAAGGGGUGACUCAAUCCUGGAUCAUCCUGUUAUCUGUGUGCUUAUCAUUAUUUUUUUGUUUUCAGUUUGUUAUUUGUGCAUUGUUUUUUUUUAAUCUUUUUUUUUUAUACAAGAUGUAUUACACUGUACUGUAGUAAAUGUAAUAAAACAUUCUACGCUGAGAUAGGAUCAUAUAUCAGCAUUAUUAUAAACCAGGGUCAAAGGACAUAGAGCACAGUGACUUCAGAUACUGUUAAUAGCUUUUGUCCAAAGUGCUUCAAAUUAUCCUAUUUCCAGUGUCAGAAGAAUUAAAUGAUUUAAUAUCACUAAUUCUAAUGUGUCGGACUUAGUUCACUAGAUUGCUGCCCCCGUCACGAUUUACACACGUGCACAGUUUGUGAUUUGACUACUGAUCAAGUGUUCAUUAACAUACAUCAAUGUAACAUCAGUCUGUUGUUUUUUUGUUUGUGUUUUUUAUUUAUUGUUACAAAGAUGAUUUUUUGUGUAAAAUUUAUAUUAAAUCCUUACAAAGGUGUUUAAACCUUGUCUCCUUUGGUGUCACUGGUAUUUUAAAUGUAUUCCUAGUAGUGAGAUAGCUCGGCAGGAACACGUUGUAUAGAGUCAGAAAGGUCCUUGGUUUGAAUCCAGGUCCUAAACCCUAGACUUUCUCUGCUGUUGCUAAAUCAGAACACCUUAAAGGUGAAACUGGGAAUAAAUUAGUCUGAAUUCAUUGUGAUGAUAUUACACAAUAUUUAGAAAAUUAUUGUACACAUUCAACUAAUGAAUGUAUGCAUAUUUAAUUAGUGAAUGUAUGCAUAUUUAACUAGUGCGUGUAUGCAUAUUGAACUAAUGAAUGUACAGUAUGCAUAUUUAAUUAGUGAAUGUAUGCAGAUUUAACUAGUGCAUGUUUGCAUUGUAUUGUAUGCAGAUUUAACUAGUGAGUGUUUGCAUAUUAAUGUGUGCAGAUUUAUCAAAUUAAUAUAUGCAGAUUUAACAAAUGAAUAUGCAAAUUUAAUUGAUGAGUGCAUACAUGCUUAUACUGUCCUGAGAACUGAUAAGUUAUUAUUCAUUUGGCUUACAGAUUCUAGAUUACUUGGCUGCUCUAGAAAUAACAUAGAGUAACUAUGUAGAUUGGAAAUUAUUUAAAAAUAAAAUGAUUUGCAUGCAAGGUGAAUUGAUCUAGAUCUUCCAUUGAAAAAUUAACAGAAUUGCCAUAAAUAUCUUGUAAACAUGAGAAUCCGUGUAUAAUUGAUAUGGUAUUGUAUUUUGAUAGGUUAUGACCCUUUCUAUAAUGUGUACAAUUCUAUUGUGUACAGUGUAUUGUAUUAUCUAACCAAUAUAAAAGAGUGUCAAUGGGAAUGUCAGUGUGACAGUAAACAACAGAUACAUCUGUUAAAUGUUGCAGUCAAAUACAGAUCACUUUACAAUGUUGUUGUUUCUUUACAUUAAGGCAUGUCAAAAUUCUCUUCCCGGCCACUAAAACAAUGUUAUUAAGCUGCAUUUCUGAUGACAUUGGUGUUUUCCCCAUUGGUAUGGUCAGCAUUAUAUUGCCGUUGGAGGAAACAGCUUUAUGAUAAAGUUUUUCAUCUUGUUUCUAUAUUAUACAUACUAUAUUUAUAUUACAGAAUUAAUCAAUUUUAGAUAAAUGUCUCUGAUACAUUUCUGUUAUUUUUUGUGUUCUAUCAAAAUGUAUUUUAUUUCCACAAUUUUCUCUAGAAAAAAUGAAAUAGAAUAAAAUGCAUCGCAUGUUUCAAAAAGGAUUAAUAGAAGUUAACUAAUGUACUGAAUCCAGUAAAACAGAUAGAAAAUGUAUACCAUGUAUCCAAUCAAACGCAUUCAGAUUGUAAAACCGGUCUUCUUUUUUUGAAGAGAUUCCAGCGUGUUUUACCCACCUGUAAGAAGAUAAACUGAAAAACCUAAAUCUAUUAGAAAAAAACAGUGACAAUUUUAGUUAUAUCUGAAACGUAUAAUGAUCAUUCCAGCUAGAGAACUAUUUUAUUAAUUAUAUAUGUAACCUGGACGAUAUGUUGAGGAUGCCCAUUGGAUAUACCAGGACAGUAUGCUGAGCAUGCUAGUUUUAUAGCCAUAAUGGAGACCCACUCAGUUAUACCUGGACAGUAGCCUGAUCACCGGUGUGAUCUACAUGUGAUGGGUAGGUUGUAGCUGGAUUGUAUGUUUGUUCUGGGUAUGAUUUGUUAGUUAUACCUGGAUGGUAGCCUGAUCACCGGUGUGAUCUACAUGUGAUGGGUAGGUUGUAGCUGGGUUGUAAGUUUGUUCUGGGUAUGAUUUGUUAGUUAUACCUGGAGGGUAGCCUGAUCACCGGUGUGAUCUACAUGUGAUGGGUAGGUUGUAGCUGCAUUGUAAGUUUGUUCUGGGUAUGAUUGGUUAGUUAUACCUGGACGGUAGCUUGAUCACCAGUGUGAUCUGCAUGUGAUGGGUAGGUUGUAGCUGGAUUGUAAGGUUGUUCUGGGUAUGAUUUGUUAGUUAUACCUGGAGGGUAGCCUGAUCACCGGUGUGAUCUACAUGUGAUGGGCAGGUUGUAGCUGGAUUGUAAGUUUGUUCUGGGUAUGAUUUGUUAGUUAUACCUGGACGGUAGCCUGAUCACCAGUGUGAUCUGCAUGUGAUGGGUAGGUUGUAGCUGGAUUGUAAGUUUGUUCUGGGUAUGAUUGGUUAGUUAUACCUGGACGGUAGCCUGAAAAAAACAGUGACAAUUUUAGUUAUAUCUGAAACGUAUAAUGAUCAUUCCAGCUAGAGACGCAACAGAGAACUAUUUUAUUAAUUAUAUAUGUAACCUGGACGAUAUGUUGAGCAUGCUUGGUACUUAUACCAGGACAGUAUGUUGAGCAUGCUAGUUUUAUAGCCACAAUGGAGACCCACUCUUGUGAAAAUAUCUCCAUGUUAUAGUUCCUGAUUAUUACAAUCCUAAGGGUGCCUAUAUUAUCUUUGUUUAUGUAGUGAGCACCAUACCAUUCAGCAUGGAGUAUUUUUAUAUGUAUCGAUUUGUUUCUGUAAUAACUAAUAUCCCGUCAGUUUCUCUGGCGUUCAACAAAAAGAUAUUACUUCCCAUUGGUGCAUCUGUCUUUACAGAACAUGUGUUAAUUGUUUUACCAUAUUAAUUUAGUUAAUACAUAUACAGGUACAGAUUCAAUGCAAGUUAAUUAGCUGAUCAGAGUAUUGUUUGUUGAGAAUGCAAUAUUUACCAAUUAUAUAUAUUUUCCUUGUCUUGUUACCGUUUCUUUAUGAUUUUUGGUGUGUAGGGAUAGGUAAGGAUUAAUCAUCAAUGCAAUUUUUUUGGAAUAUUUUACUUUUUUUACAUGU